AUGUCAACAGAUCCGAAGUUCGACGAUCUUCACAACCAACUCUUUGAGGAAGGCCUCAAGGUUCGCCGCGCUGUGGUCGGGGAUACAUACGUCAACAGAGCUCUCGAGAACGGAUCAACUGAAUUUUCGCGACCCGGCCAGGAGCUCGUCACCGAAUGGUGCUGGGGAUAUGCUUGGACCAGGCCUGGCCUUCCCCGGAGGGAUCGCAGUCUGCUCAAUAUUGGCAUGUUGAUGGCUCUCAAUCGCGCCCCUGAACUUGCUGUCCAUAUUCGCGGUGCUCGAAACAACGGACUGAGUGAACUUGAGAUUAGGGAGGCCAUCCUACACGCAACAACUUACUGCGGCGUUCCGGCUGGGGUUGAUGCUAUGAAGAUUGCCGAGAAGACACUCAACGAGAUGGCUGAAAAUGGAGAGAAGCCACGUGAAUUGGGGGCAAAGUCCAACAAGGCAUGA